AUGACGGCCUUGCUUAUCCUUGGUGGACUUGACACUAAUAUCGUUGCUACCGCUGUGCCCAGUAUUACCGAUGACUUCCACACUGUGGCUGAUGUUGGCUGGUACUCGUCGGGAUUUCGACUCUGUACCUGCGCCUUUCAAUUCAUGUUUGGCAAGAUGUAUAAGCUCUUCUCCGUCAAGCGCGUGUUUAUGCUCGCCAAUGCUAUAUUCUUGGUGGGAUCUGUGCUCUGUUCCACAGCUACAACAUCCGCUAUGUUUGUCGCUGGGAGGGCUGUGACCGGAGUGGGCUUUGCAGGUAUCCUCGGCGGGUUAUAUACCAUUCUUACGUAUAUCCUGCCACUUCGACGACGACCUCUCUUCUGCGGAGUUCUAGGUGGCGUCGAAAGCUUAGCUAUUAUUGCUGCUCCUAUUGUUGGUGGAGCCCUAACUCAAUCACUUGGUUGGCGGUGGUGUUUCUGGAUCAACCUACCUAUCGGAGUUGUCGGUGCUACUAUCGGAAUGUUACUUUGCGGAUCGGGAACUAGUACAAUCGGCUACUAUACGCCAUUCAUGCUCUUCUCCUCGGUGGCGAUGCCGAUUUUCGCGGGAUUGAUUACAACUUUCGGAGUCAAAACUAGUUUCGCUCAGCUUAUCAUGUACUCCGGGGUAUCCGGCUUUGCGAGUGGAGUAGCUUUCAACACACCAAUCACUGCUGUACAGACUGUGCUACCUGUCGAAGACGCCUCACUUGGACUAUCUAUCGUGCUUUUCGCACAGAACUUUGGUCCUGCCGUGUUUAUUGCUAUUGCUCAGGUCAUUUUCAUGAAUCAACUCGCGACUAAUCUAGUCCGCGUAGUCCCAAACAUUGAACCUUCAACAAUCCAAGACAACGGGUUGACGGAUAUCAUAAAACAGGCCCCAGCACAUAGAUCCAUGGAAGUUCUUGAGGAUAUUGGUAAAAGCCUGAGUGAGACGUGGUAUUUGGCUGUUGGGUUGACAUGUGCGACGUUGAUUGGAAGUUUACUCAUGGAAUGGCGAUCUGUCAAGAAGAAGGGUGCUUGA